CGACAUGACAGUUGCUGCUGCUGGGUCACACAAUGUACAGAAGGCAUAAACCGAGCACUCCAGAACACAAGAAGGACUUUGCUGUGCAUGGAGCCACACUGCUGGGGCCACAGAAUGACAGAAGGUCUUUUUUCAACUUGUCUCAGCUUGUACUCUCUGCUGGGCAGCUCAGAUCACCACCCAUACUCAGGCAUUCAAAAAUCACUUACUUUGAAGUGGAAAUCCUUGAUGCGCAAAGUAAGAGGCAGAUCUGUGUGGUGGAUAAGGUACCUCCAUCAUCCACCCUCCUUGAUGUAAAACAUAAAUUUCACAAAGCAUGUCCCCAGUGGAACCCUUCCCGUAUUGGCCUGCGACUAGAACGCAAUGGGCCCUAUCUGAAGGAUUCCGCUAGCAUUCAAAGCUUGGCAGUUUCGUCCAUCAUUACGCUGUAUUUCACAGAUCUGGGUCAGCAGGUCAGUUGGACUACAGUUUUUCUGACUGAAUACAGUGGGCCUCUACUAAUCUACUUGCUCUUUUACAUUCGUCUCUCAAGUAUUUAUGUUGAAGAGGAGAGUACGGAGAGCUUCCGCCACCCAGUAGUUCAUUUGGCCUGCUUCUGUCAUUGUUUACACUAUGCCAGAUAUCUUCUAGAGACGUUAUUUGUUCACAAGAUUUCUGGAGGGCACACGCCUCUGAAAAACAUGAUAAAGGGCUGUGCCUUUUACUGGGGAUUUACUUCUUGGAUUGCUUACUAUGUCAAUCACCCUCGAUACACUCCACCAUCAUUUGGCAACAGGCAAGUUAUUUUUGCUGCCCUCGCUUUUCUGAUGUGUGAAGCUGGAAAUCAUUUUAUCAACGUCGCUUUAGUCCAACAAAAUCACUCAGGGAAUAAAGCCUCUUUUCCAAGUCCAACUUACAACCCCUUCACAUGGCUAUUCACACUGGUUUCCUGUCCCAACUACACAUAUGAGAUUGGGUCUUGGAUUAGUUUUACGGUGAUGACACAAACGCUGCCAGUUGGAAUUUUUGCUUUCCUGAUGGCCAUCCAGAUGUCCCUCUGGGCCCAAAAGAAACACAGGCUCUACCUGAAGAAAUAUAAUAUGGGUGCGCUUAGGAAAACAGCCAUGAUUCCAUUCAUCUUCUAAGCUCUUCAAGCACUAGAAGCCCAUAUUCACUGUUUGAGAA